UUCUCUGGAGAGUGCGCAACAGUGUCUGUACAACCAGGAUUAUGGAACGGCAUUUGUGCACUACCUCCUGGUCCUCAGCCUCGCACCUGUGUUCAAGGACUUUGCGAGGGAUUCGUUUAGGUUCACUCUCCGUAAAUGGGCAGAAGAGUUGAACUUGGUGGGACGCAUUCAGGAACUUUUUGACUGCUAUGAACAGGCACUGGAAAUUUUCCCCAACGACGAGGUUAUCCUCAACAGUUUGGGCGAACACCUGUUCCGAAUGGGAUUUAGAGAUGAAGCUGCAGCUCAUUUUCACAAAGCCUUAAAGUUGAGACCAGACUACCCAGAAGCCAGGGAGAACUUUUACCGUGUGGCUAACUGGCUGGUGGAGCGCUGGCACUUCCUUAUGCUCAAUGACCACGGCAGGAACCUAAAGUACCAGCAAGCCAUUCAUAAGGCUGUUCAAAAUGGCUGUAACACUGUACUUGAUAUCGGUACUGGCACUGGAAUACUCAGUAUGUGCGCUAAGAAGGCUGGGGCUUCUGAGGUGUACGCCUGUGAGCUGUCAAAGACCAUGUAUGAGCUGGCCUGUGAGGUGGUGACCGCCAAUGGGAUGGACGGUAGCAUCAACAUUCUCCAUAAGAAAUCUCUUGAGAUGGAUGUGCCGACGGACAUCCCACACAGAGUGUCAUUAGUGGUGACAGAGACAGUAGAUGCAGGAUUGUUUGGAGAGGGCAUCAUAGAGAGUCUUAUUCAUGCCUGGCACCACCUCCUGCUGCCUCCAAAGAGUGAUGAGAGUGAAUUUCAAGAAGUGUCUAGUACAGGACGGGUCAUCCCAGCUGGAGCCACUGUGUUUUGUAUGGCUAUUGAGUCUCUGGAGAUCCGACGGCAUCACAGACUCUGUGUGACACAAGUGGGCGGUCUUUCAAUGGCUGUAGCCGGGGAACUCCGCAGUCCAGUGAGCUGCUGCUCUGAGCCCGAUGACUCCAUGGAGCCAUACACCACAGAGAGACUCAGCAGGCUGCCCGGAGGAUACAGACCUCUCACACAGCCUUUUACAGCUCUCACCAUAGAUUUCAACAAUGUACAUGAACUGGAAGGCCUGAGCUCAAGAGAAGUCCAGGAGAUGUGUCUGCCUGUCACUCAAGAAGGACAGCUGCAUGCUCUGGCUGUGUGGUUCCAACUCCACCUGGACAAGGAGAACAGUCUGUCCACCGGUCCCCAGGAAGACACCUGCUGGGAGCAAGCCAUCUACCCCAUCCACAGUACAACAUGUUUUGUGCUAAAGCCACAAGACAAAUUAAUUGUUGAAGUUUCCUGUCAAGAUGCCUACCUAAGACUUAACAGUGUUGCUGUGCUGAGAGACAGUUAUAAAAUCCAUCUUGACAAGCAUGUGGAGUUGCAGCAUCCUGGGAAGCCCAUUCCAAACCCAAGCCCAGAAGCAGAACUGUGUGAUGCAUUAGCGUCUCUCCAAACAAAUCACAAUCGUCCUGAAAAUGUUUGUAUCCUGGAGUGUUCAGAGAUGGCACUCCUGAACAACCAGGAUUACCAUCAAAGUUUUUGCAGUGCAUUAUCCAAACUCAUCUCAAGGUUAACAGUUAAAAAACAAAACCAGGAGAAGGAAUGUGCCAUGUUUGCACCGGACAGCAGUCUCUUCCAUAUCUUGGAUGUGUCAGAGGGCUUCUCUCUGCUUUCCCUCAUUGCCGCUCACCAGGGGGAUGUGAAAGCCUACAGCUCUGUGAAAAAGAACAAGCAACAAGAAGUACUGAGGAGACUUGCUCAGUCCAACGGUAUCUCAGAGCAGCACAUAAAGUUCUGGCUUAACCACACAGAGGAUGAGCAGAGUGUCCUACAGAGGCCUUCCCAGGAAAAGCUGUGGAGCGCCAUCAUUUUGGAUUGUGUGGAAACAUGUGGCCUCAUUCGGCAAAAGCUAAUGGAGAAAGCUUCACUGGCCAGAUGUCUACUGGAAGAAGAAGGGCACAUUUUCCCAGAGAAGAUUGUUGUUUACGGAAUGCUGGUGGAGUCCGACACACUGCUGCUAGAAAGUGCUGUCCAGGGUCGGGAGCCAACUCUGGGUUUUAAUAUUGCUCCUUUCAUCAAUCAGUUCACUGUACCAGUCCAUGUUUUUCUGGACUUUUCCACGCUUGAGUGCAGACAUCUCAGCGAGGCUCUGGAGCUCUUUGUUUUGGACCUUAUGGAUGGCAGUGCAAACUACACAAACAGGGAAGUCAAAGUACAGGCCAUCACUGCAGGAAGAAUAACUGCAAUUCCUUUCUGGUAUCACAUCUACCUGGACCAAGAGAUCAGCGUGAGCACGCUUAAUCAGAACUCUCACUGGAAGCAGGCAGCUGUUGUUCUGCAGGAGCCUCUGGAGGUACAAGCUGGAGACUGGGUCCACCUCGCUGUGAAGAUUCAUGAAAGUACCAUCUCUAUUUCAGCUCAUAUCAAAAACACACCUGAGCAGAUGGACUGAUGUUACCUUUGUUAAACGUUUUAUUCUUAAAGAUUUAAGGUCUCUUCGCUGUCACAUUAUCUGUGGGAAUUGUAUUAAACCCUAUAAAUGUCCAUUUUCACUAUUAUUUCAAAUAAUUGUCUUCCCCAGGAUCACUUUUCAUGUAAUUCCAGACCUAUUUUCAGACAUUUCAAGACAGAUGGAGUUCUCUGUUUAGACGUUAUUUAAUUAUAGUCUUUCUAAAGGCCCUGUCACACAGUGACGUAUAGCAUCAGCAAAUUGCAACAUCUGAAAAAAAAGACAAACACGCUGGUGUAACUUGUGUUUGUUAGGUGUACGUUUUGAAUAAGUUAUCAGUAUGCUGUUAAAAGAUGGCCAGCCAGUAAUUUUGUGCAUGCAUCAAGUUUUCAUUGUAUGUCGACGUGUUGCUCCCAAGUUAAGUAUAAGUUACAGGUAUGGGACAAGUAAGUUACGCAUAAGCUGACAUAUGUCAGAAACCAGCUAGGCAAUUGUGAAGCAAUUCAAUUCAGUUUAUUUAUAUAGC